AUGACCAGGGCUAAUCACAGCCCUUUGUUUACCCUGGAUCCAGAAAUUGGCAGAAAUAGAAAAGGAAUCAAAAAGGAGAAGAACCAGCGUGAAUCUGAGGCUACUGGAUCAUUUCCAACUUCAUUUGAGUGUUUAUCAGAUACAUCUGAGACUGAAGACAUGACUGUUGAGCAAGGAGAGAGAACAUUAAAGGAGCUGGCUAACCAGGAAAUUGGAUUCCAGCCCCUUUGCAUCCAAGUGCCAUAUGUGCAGGGGGCACCCAACUUUGAUCUUAGAUCUGGGUUCAUUCAGCUUUUGCCAAGGUUCCAUGGGUCAGCAGGGGAGGACCCUCACAAGCAUAUUAUGGAGUUCACAGUGGUUUGUUCAACUAUGAAGCCAUUGGAUGUACCUGAGGAGAUUGUCAAAAUGAAAGCCUUUCCCUUUUCAUUGCAAGAUGCUGCCAAGGAGUGGCUGUUUUCUCAGAAUGUACCCAUAGUUAGCUGGGGAGAAAUGAAGAGAAAAUUUCUGGAAAGGUUCUUCCCUGCCUCCAGGAUAGCAGCUGUGAGAAAAGAAAUAAGUGGAAUUAGACAACUGCCUGGGGAGAAUCUGUUUGAAUACUGGGAACGCUUCAAGAGGUUGUGCUCCACUUGUCCUAACCAUCAGAUCAAUGAGCAGCUGCUGCUGCAAUACUUUUAUGAAGGGUUGUUGCCUCAAGAAAGGAACAUGAUAGAUGCAGCAAGUGGAGGCACUCUCAUGGACAAGACACCAUCUGCAGCAAGAAACCUCAUUGCAAACAUGGCUGAGAAUUACCAGCAGACCUACACCAGAGGUGGCAGUAGUAAAGGAGUUCAUGAGAUGCAACUGAAUGCAAUCUCAGAUUCAGUACAAACCAACAUGUUUAAUGAGAACAACCUGCUGCUGGGAAACAAAAUUUUGGAGCUAAUUGAGCUAAUGAGGCAGAUGGCUUCAGGAAGCCAAGUGAAUGUAGUGAGAAAGCACUGUGGUCUGUGUGCAUCAGAUCAACACUUCACAGACCAGUGUUAUCAACUUCAAGGCACCCCUGGAGCUGAAUCAGUGGCAGCUGCAUUCCAAUAUCAACAAGGAAACUUCAGGCAGAAUCAACAGCAAUGGCAAACCCAAAAUCAGCCACAACAUUACAACCAAGCUUCCAACUCACAAAACUCAGGAUGGAAGAAUAUGCUGAACCCAAGAUACGAAGCUCCUCCAUACAAUCUGCAGAGUGGACAACAGUCAAAUGGGCUGAUGCAGAGCAUGAAUCAGUAUGCACAACAGAAUAGGCAGAAUGCAUCCUUUUAUGGAGGGCAGAACCAGCAGUAUAGGCAGAACCAGUCACAAAUGCAGCCUAGGAUGGACCCUACUCUAGAGGCAACCAUUCAGGAUAUGAAGAUGCAGAUUAGGCAGCUGGCUCAUGCUGUAAAUGAACUGGUGAAUCAGAAGGCUGGAGGCAUUCCUGCUCAGCCAGUGGUGAACCCAAAGGAAGCACCAAGCAACACAUAG